AUGCUUGGGAAUGAAGCAGCAAUCGCCUUGAAUCUAAUUGUCGACGUGAAGAGUCGGCGGUUCAAUUUUCCAGAUCGUGGCCUGAGAUGGACAAACUUUAUAGGAUCAAUUAUGCUUGUGAGGGAAGACAAGAAGGAUCUCACCAUUCACCAAGCCCAAGCUUUGGUCGCCUUUUGCAAGCACAAGAUUGACUGGGAUGAGAUCGCGUUUGGGGAGUUCCUCACAUGGAGUGAUCCAAGAUGUGCGAGCCACGUUUCUAAGUUUGGAGUGUUCGAGAUGAAGCAAAAUGAAGUACGCCAAGAUAUCAAAAAUGAUGGUACUCUCGAGAAAAAAUUUCGAGAGUUUUUCGAUGAGUACAGGAAGAAGAAGAUUCGUGGUUGUGACGCAUCUUGGAUUGACGAAGUUUCACCAUAUGAUAUGUAA